CGACAACGUGUACAUAGCUGAGCCCACCUGCCAGACGUGCGCAACAAGACGAAGCUCAAGACGAUGACAACAACCCGCCUCCACUCCCCAAUAGACAGCGCCGUCCCCUCACUGCACUUCAUGGAGGCGCAGUACCAAUCCACACGACACAGAGCUGCAGAGCCACUCGCGAACGAUGUGGACUCGGAAAUAUCGGAGACGAGACGGCGACGGCGACAAGCCGGAGAGAUUUUCGACCUCGGCGAUGUGCCGGCGUGGCUCGGCUGGCUAUUUAUCUACACAUUCGUGCUCUUCUACUUUUCCGUCAGUCGCUUCGUCGCGCUCAAGGCUCUAGUGAUCAAGUACAGUAGCGUGGCCGAAUACACUACACGAGUCAAGGCCGCGGUCAUGGGACUCGGCUUCUUAGAGGAUUUCGUCUGCACCACUUACUUCGCUACUUUACUCUGCAUCUUUGACUCGCUCAAACGCGUAGCAAUGGGCCACCACAAGCUUGUCCGCGUGCUCGCAACAUUCUUCGUCUCCUCUGCGCUGUUCCUGGCUAUGAUGGCCCCGUUCAUCGCGGACUUGCUGCUGGUAGUGCACCGGGACAUGAGAUUUAGUAGCGGUCUUGUCGCUACGAUCAUCAGGGAGAGAGAACAUCUCAAAGACGCGCCGAUCACCGAAGAGGAAGUCAAUACUAGCUACGUUAAUGCGUUGGGGCUCAUGAUGGUCGCGACCUUCUUUGGUCUUGUGCGUGCAUUCGCCGACUGGACAGAUCUAUCGCAGUGGAAUCCUACGCACUUGGCGUUGAAUCUCCUGGUGCCAAGGCUGAUCCUUUUGGAAUCCCGUAGCAACAAGUGUAUCAACAAAAACGCAGUGCAGGAUGUGGACCAAACUCUGGAAGAGGGAGAAGGCAACGCAUCACCGACUACCGAUACGCAUUCUCUGCUACCUUCAGCGAAGACUGAGAGCUAUCGCCGUCUCGCUUGUCACCAGGCUGUGCGAGCUACUGUCGUUGUUAUCGGCCUGGUUCUCGUCCCUGCGGCUGUCGUGUCAAUCAGCAGUGCCAGCUCACCUCUAGUGGCAUACUCGGCGUUGAAUGCGACCCUGAAUGAACUGUUUGCCAACGCCUUGCAGCCCGCACCGACUGAUCUCACACUCAGCAAAGUGUUCGGCGACCAGCCGUGGGUAGAAAUGUUCAUCCACAAGACUGAGAAGCACGAGCUCUUCGGGGACGACUCGCUAUACCGCCGUACAACAGGAUUCCAAGGCGACUUAGCGUUCGACGUCGACGUGAAGAGCAACAACCCGCCGAACGUUCUGGUCAUCGGCGUCGAGUCCUUCCGCUUCCAGGACUCGCGCUACCUCGUGGGAGAAGAAGACCCGUCAAACCUGUUCAAAGGCACAAAUUUGACAAUAACUCCAAAUUUUGACAAAUGGGCGAAGCGAGGUGUUGCUUUUCGUAAUAUUUGGUCGAGCAACCCAACAAGUCGCUCGCUGGAAAGUGUACUAUUCGCACAGAUCCCGUACCACAGCGCUGUGAAGACAGGUAUCACGGGUGGUGCAAAGGACACAAAUUUGACCGGAAUGCCGCAAUUUUUCACACAAAAAGGGUACGAAACGUGGUUCACUACAGGGUCUUCUAUUGAUCUCGACGGCUGGGAUAUUUUUCUUCCUACCCACGGGUUUGACACUGUAUGGGAUAACAAAAAGAUGAUGGAGCUGGCUGAAGGUUAUCUAGGCAUUACCCAUGAUGAUUGGCUUG